AUGUACACAUAGACACAUGUACGUACAUACACACAAACACACAUGUACACAGACACGUACACACACACACAUACAUGUACAUACAUGCAGACACAUGUACAGAUACACACAUGUACAUACACACACACACACACUUACCCCUAUAAAAAGUUGCAGUACUUCAUUGUUCACUCACAGAGCCGAGUACUGGGCUGUAGGGGGAGGCAGAGUGCACAGCACACACUCCUUCCUUUGCUUUCACUGCGCUCAGCUAUUGAGCAGUCUGACGGCUCCCAGUGCCAAUGACAGAUCCGGCCUGAGCUCCGAGCCUGCUCAGCAAGACGGCCCUGGGGGACACACUCGCCCCCACCAUAAU